GUUAUUAAAUGUGGAUACAAACAUUGAUAAUGAGAAGUAAUUUUCCUCCUUUCACAAAAUGGGUUUUGAUAUUGGAACGAUGGUUUUGUGACUAUGUUUAUAAUUAAUCUUUCAAUAUAGCAUAUUCUUAACAAGAUGGAUGUUGAUUUAUUGCGACCUGGCACUGUACCUAUUUCUCCUGAUACAUCUUUGUGGUUUGAGUUUCUUCUCCAGCCGGCGCAUUUAGAAAAACAUUUAAAAAAUCCUAAUGCAGACCCAACUCCUGUUGAGCUGAUAAUUAAGUUUAUUACUUUAUCCCAAAGUGAAAAACCUACUAAUGAUCCUCUUGUGAUCAAUAAUUUGAAGCCUUUCAGUAAAAGAUGUUUAGCACUUAAACUUCUUGCGUUGAAAGUAGCUUCUUCUCUGAAUUGGGACUUGGAUCUCUUUGAGAAGUCCCUCCCUAUGAGCAUUACAUCAAUGCUGUUGAAGGAUUUUUUAUAUAUUGUAAGUCCUACCCAUUCUGAUAUAAAGGUUCAUGAUGAAUUAAAUUUAAAUGAGGUUCCAGCACAUGUGUUAUUUGCUAUUUUUCUUUACCAUCGUUGGGUAUUAAGAGCCUAUGUUAGUCUCAGUUUAAAUGCAAAAACAAAGCAAAUAGUUGAAACAUCUGUGGAAGAAAUAUCAGAACAAGAAGCUGAAAAAUCAUCUAUAUUUUUGAAGAAAAUGGCUGAAAAAACCCUUACACUUUUUGUCCCAGCUCCUUCAUGUUUCAAUCUUCCUUAUGGUAAUGCAGAUCCUGAGCAUUUCUGGACUAAAGGUGAAGCACUUGAGGGUAACCAAAUCAAAACUGCGAUACUCAUCGAUCUUUCGUUUUAUUUGGUGAAUAGAGGGAAAUAUCCUGAAGCCUUCUCAUCACUUUCUAUGUGUUUGGCUUCUGGUCCCACCUGCCAUCCUCACCUAAUUGGUUUAGGAAUAGCAGUUGGUAUUACACCUAAUUUAUACAAACCUUCUUUAUCUCAACAGUUCCAUGAAGCUAUUGCAGCAAAAUAUAUUAACAUAGAUAAAGUUCUUGAAAAAGACAAUUCAUUGAGACAUCUUCCCAUUACUUAUCGCCAAGGACUUGAGUUGGAUAUCUCUUCAGAAGUUGCUAAUGGAAAAUUAAUAACAUCGAGAGACGCUGUUGCAACUGUGAGAGCGUUAAAUACUGUCCGUGCUGCAUUGGACGGUGGAGUUCAGCUUCAUGGUCCUCCUCUUUCACCAUCUUCCUUGGUCAAGGCUAUUUCUGUUGUUUUGCCACUUGCAGACCAUGAUAAAAAGAAAUUGGAAUUCUUUCUUCUUCAGCUUCUUGCUACUUCUGAAUCUCACAAUGCGAGGGCUCUAGCUUCCAGUUUUUCGAAGCUUCCUCUUUUAUCACCUGACGAAAUAUCUUCUGUCAUAGAGCCCGAUUAUGUUGACACAAUUUCACAUGUGGAUCUUGAAGAGUCCUCAGAAACAUUGCCAAAGGGUUCAAGUCUUGAAACAGCAGCUUUAGAAAGGCUCAUCGUAUCAAGUUAUGAUGCUGCGGAAAUAAAUAUGGCCUUGGUUAAGCUUAUGUCCCUCAAACCAACUGUGACAUGGGAAAAGCUAAACAGGAAUUGGUAUGUACCUUCUACGUUAAAUAGUGCUCUUAAUACUCUACCUACUACGGUGAAGAGGAACUAUGCUUUUAUUCUGGUUGCAAAAUCGUACGAACUUGACAAGAUUAAGAAUUUCGGCCAAGCUAAAGCAUUGUUAAGGAAUGUAAUAGAAGAAACAGGGAAUGAUGAGAUGUAUGAAAAAUUAAGAAAUCAGCUUUCAUCUGAAAUGUUAUUGCUAGAUAUUGACCAGUUCCAUUCAGAAUGGCCAGCUAAACAUCUUGAUUGGACCUGGCUGACAGAAAGGUGCUUGGAAGGUAUAAGUAAUAUGAGAGGUGCGAUAAGGGAAGCCGCCUGCUUGGCCCUGCUCAACACUGGGGCUUGGGGACCUUUGUCUUCAGCAGCACCUCCCAAGUCUACGCUAACUGAAGUAUACCUGGCAAUAGCCAGAGCGUCGCUCCAGAUUUCACAAUUCAAUUCAAAAGUUUCAACAGAAGCUUGGGAUAAAUUUAUUCCUUUGUUCAUGGCUGGUGGUAAGAGAAGAGAUUACAAAGCAUUGCGAGGGCUCUGCGGUGUGCUAGAGCCUAAUGCUCUGUCCCUAGUGAUUUCUAUUUUAGCUAGGCUCCAUAAUGUACUCACGGACCAACCGCCCCUUGACCUCUAUGUGCAGUUGACCCAUCUUUGGCCAGGCACCAUAAAAAACGCCAAUCAAUACAAUGUAAAACAAGUUGCUGAAACCCUUAUGAAAGUAUUGGAACACGCUCUUACUUACUAUCCAUAUAAUGUUUCUUGGCUUAAGCUGAUUGGUGAUCUACAUUUUGUUAAUGGACACUAUCGUAAUGCAUUAGGCAGCUAUCUUGAGGCUGCAGCUGUGGUUACCGAACAUUUUUCAAGACCACUUCAUCGAAGUAUUCUUGAAGAUCAUAUAAUUAAAAGGAUGAUUAAAUCAUGCUCACAGCUUCAGUGCCAUACUCAGGCUGGUCUAUUGUGUCAACUACUUGAGGAGACUGAUUAUACAACUGCUUAUAAGUGCUUAUCAGAAGUUAAUACUUCCGAUGCCUCAGAUUCAUACCAUAAUUAUAUUUGGGAUAUCAAUAUACUAGAAUUUCUCAUCUCAUUACAUGCCAAAAGAGGAGAACAUCACAGGAAGCAGGCUUUGGUUAGAGUUAUAGGACUUUUAGAAUUGAAUUCUAACAACAAUGAAGAGAUAAAAAGAGAAGCAGAAAAUAUCAGGAAGAGUAAUUAUUUGAGAGCACUAGCGACUCAUUAUCUUUAAUCAUUAUUUUUUAUGUAUUCAUCUGUUACUGACAUUUUAUUUAUUUUUCAUGGGAUGUAUAUUUGUAAAUAUUAUGGAGCAUCCUGUAAGGUGUUUAUAUGUUUAUACAUUGUAAUUAUGUAUAUAUUUUUGUAAAAAGUUUUUAAAAUUUUAAUAAAUUAUAAUAAUUUUUUGAGAUGAACUAUUUUUAAAUAAAAUAAAUAAAUUUUAAAAAGAGAUUUGUUAUUGAAAAUUGUAUUAUGUUAUAUAUUAAUUGU